CAAGGCCACACCAUACGGUUCUGCCAAGGGAGGCGGGACGAUGAGCUCUCUGGGUUGAUUUCCACCAAUAUGGACGGGGAUAUAUACGAUAAAUUCGGGCAGUAUAUUGACCCAAAGACUCCAGGCGGAGUCAGGCAAGAGGCCCAAAGGCGGGCGGCGGCAGGGUCAGCACCCCCGGCGAUGUUCAGGAUGUGGCAGGAAAGAGAGGACUCGGCCGUAAGGGUCGAGGAGAUUGUGGGAGAGAACGAGGAGGUGACUCAGCGACUAAAGGCAGGGACUAUAAAGGAAGAGCCGAUAGUCGUUGAGUCAGAUGAUGAGGAGUUGGGAGAGGAGGGAGAGUCGACCGUAACCAUCCUGGAGAAGAUGGAGGACUUGCUGGGGAAAGUGGAUAGGUAUCAGCAAAAGUUAAAGAGUUUGUGUGAUGAGACCCAGGAGUGGAAGGUCAACCUCCUUGGAGUCUUCCUCUAUGAGUCCGGGCCCGAAUCGUCGUCAGGACAGCAGGGGUACCCGAGGGUUGCGACUGUGGGACCAGGCCCUAGGUCGGGAAUGACCUAUAGGCCCCCCACGUCGCACGGAAGAGUGCCACAGGCGGCGCGGACCAGAAGUCAGAACAAGGCUGGAACCAGUCAAGUGCCCAGCCAGGCGCCUAGUCAGGCGCCCCCUCGAAGGGAACCUGAGUCCGAGCGCCGGAAGGAGGUAGUGGAGGUCCCGGAAGAGGAAGAGGAAGAUGACGAGGAGGAGGAUGAGAGGCUCCGGCAAGAGGAAGACCGGCGGGCGGAGCUAAAGGCUAGGAAGAGAGGGGUUCAGGAGGAAGCUGAGCCGAGCCAACCUGACAGCGUACCUAAGAGGAAGAAGUGCGCGGUUCGGCUAGAAGAGGGCUUUGAUGUGGAAAGGAUGGUAGACAGGCUUCUGGAAGGCCACAAUGACCUAAUGAACUUGAAAGACAUUUUUGCGUCAGCCCCAAGGCUCCGUGAUGGUUUGAAGGGGCGGCUCUCACGGAGGUUAGUGCCCAAUGUCCAUCUGAGUACGAUCCUGUCGAGGGAGGUAGAGUGGACUGAAGCAGGGACGAGGAUGGACUGGAAGUGUGUGGCGUGUGGCCAGGUGGAUUUGGUGGUGAGGGACCAUAAGUGCACCGAAAUGGUGGAUACGGGCGCGGAAAUGAACAUCAUCCGGGAAAGGGAAGCGAUCAUGUUGGGAAUGGAGGUCGACCGUUCGAACCACGAGGACAACAAGAUCGUGGAGUGGCCAAUACCCUUUCGUUCCAUAACGAACGUAAGGAGCUUCCUCAACACUUGUGGAUUCUGGAGGAGCUUCGUAAAGAACUUUGCCGCCAAGACUGAGCAUCUGAGGAAGUUGGUACGUCAAGACCAGGGAUGGGUUUGGGGUGGAGAUCAAGAAGAGGCUGUGAAGCGAAUGAAGGAAGAGUUUAAGGAAGGAGGUUUGGUGUUAGGGGCGCCAAACUAUGAAGUCACUGAGGAGAAGUCGUUCAUCAUUGAGACGGACGCUGGACCAACUGCCCUGGGAGGAGUCCUAGUUCAGGCAGAUGCUGAAGGAAAGGAGAGGCCGCUAAAAUUCGAGAGUCGAACACUUAAUACGACUGAGAGGAAUUACUCCCAGUUUAAAAAGGAAACGCUUGCGGUACUCCAUUGCCUGAGGAUCUUUCGGAACUAUGUUUAUGGCAGGAGGUUCAUAUUGAGGGUGGACCCCACUGCGCUCGCCUGUUCCCUGAAGAACUAUACUCCAUCUAACCCAACCGUCGCAAGAUGGCUGACGUACAUUUGGAUGUUUAACUUUGAGUUGGAGAGGAUUCCAGGGGACAAGAACACGGCAGACGGGUUGAGCCGCAUCAACUGGGACGGGCCAAAUCAAGACCACCCCAUAUGGCUAGCGCCUAGGGGGUAUGAGCAAAAGACAGAGUUACUCCUCAAGCCCUUUCAAGAGGAGGAUCCAUGGGGAAGUAAGGAUGUUCACUGGAUGAUGAAAUUGGCAUUGGCUGGUACACACAAUUUGGCGGAGGAAGUAAGGACGAUAGAGGAAGGCCCUACUCAAGUAGAGGAGCAUGAGCAGCUAAUGGGAGGAAUUUAUCUGCUUACGAGCACGCUUCUGCAAGGGGACUUUGACCGAAAAGACUCAUUAUGUCCAAUUGAGGGCGAGGACCUCGUUCCUGAAAGUCGGGAUGACGAGUUUGAGAAAGGGGAGAUCAAGGAAGCCUUUCGUGCGGAAGAAUAUGAUGGAAUCUAUCUGGAGUUGGGGCUGCUCCUGUCUUGUGAGAUGAGGAAUAGAGAUGCGAGUGCUAAGGCGCAGAAGAUGAGGCACCUCAAUGUGGCAAGAGAUGGCCACUUGUUUAUAAAGCGACAAGUCGGAAACCCCAAGCGGAUUGUAUGCGGGAGAAACCGAUAGGUCGAUAUUAUCGCAGCAUUGCACGAUGGUAUAGCAGACGGGCACAGAGGAGUAAAUGCCACAUACGCUA